GCCCCCCUGUCAACACCGUCUGCGACCGAUCGGAGAGAUAGGAGGAGAACCACCGAUAAACGGUGCCUCCCACUCCCAAUCCCUCCAACCGGCGCAGCAGGAUACCAUGGUCAAUGGUAUCGAAAGCCGCUGAGAGGUCUAAUAGGACCAGGGCAGAGGAACAACCCCUAUCCCUGGCCCUCCAGAGAUCAUCCACCAACGCGACCAAAGCCGUCUCAGUGCUGUAACCGGGCCGGAAACCGGACUGGAACGGGUCUAGAUAGACAGUUUCAUCCAGGUGUAAGGGAAACUGAUAUGCCACCAUACUCUCUACAACCUUCGCCGCAAAGCGAAUUGUCAACUUUAUAGAGGAAGCUGCAUAUCUGAAGAUGGAGGCAGUAUUCCUUGAAAGGGGAUAGAGAAUGGAGAACCAAUUUGUACAUCAGGUGGUGACUCUGGAGAUGGUUGAAUUAUUUUAACUAUUUCACAAAUAUUGGUAAGUGGGGUACUAGAAGCUAUGGUAAUGUGCUCUCAGUAGAAGAAAAAAUAAGAUUGUGGCAUAUUUGUAUAUAAAUUAGGGUUGCAUAAAUGCAAACCCACCUACCCCCUGCCCCCAAUUUUAGUUUUGUCUAAAAAUUAAGAGAGUCAGUUUGUUGUAGUGGUUAAGACACCAGACUAGGAACCAGGAGAUCAUGAAUUCUGGAAAUCUGAAGAUGCUCGGCAAAAGGAUGCUUACUCCACCACCUGCCUUCAGAGUCAGCUGCCAAGAUGGCACAGUGGAACCAAUUGCAGCAAUUGGACACAAGAUACUUGGAGCAGCUCCACCAGCUUUACAGUGACAGCUUUCCAAUGGAACUUCGCCAGUUCCUUGCACCUUGGAUAGAGAGCCAGGAUUGGGCUUAUGCUGCCAGCAAAGAGUCCCAUGCUACUUUGGUAUUUCACAAUCUUCUGGGUGAAAUUGACCAGCAGUAUAGUCGCUUCCUACAAGAAUCCAAUGUUCUCUAUCAGCAUAAUCUACGCCGAAUCAAACAGUUCCUACAGAGCAGAUAUCUGGAGAGACCCAUGGAGAUUGCCCGCAUUGUGGCCCGUUGUCUCUGGGAGGAGAAUCGACUACUGCAGACAGCAGCAACAGCAGCGCAGCAAGGUGGGCAGGCAAACCACCCUACAGCUGCUGUAGUGACAGAGAAACAGCAGAUGCUGGAACAACACUUGCAAGAUGUUAGAAAGCGCGUCCAGGAUUUGGAGCAGAAGAUGAAAGUGGUGGAGAACCUGCAGGAUGAUUUUGAUUUUAAUUAUAAGACUUUGAAGAGUCAAGGUGAUAUGCAGGAUCUCAAUGGAAACAACCAGUCAGUGACACGCCAGAAGAUGCAACAGCUGGAGCAAAUGCUAACUGCACUGGAUCAAAUGCGAAGGGGGAUUGUGAGUGAACUGGCUGGGCUCUUAUCUGCCAUGGAAUAUGUGCAGAAAACAUUAGUGGAUGAGGAACUGGCUGACUGGAAGAGGAGACAGCAGAUUGCAUGUAUUGGUGGACCACCCAACAUCUGCCUAGAUCGUCUGGAGAACUGGAUAACAUCCUUGGCUGAGUCACAACUUCAAACACGUCAGCAGAUUAAGAAACUUGAGGAGCUGCAGCAGAAGGUCUCCUACAAGGGGGACCCAAUUGUUCAACACCGGCCAUUGCUGGAAGAGCGCAUUGUGGAAUUAUUCAGGAAUCUCAUGAAGAGUGCUUUUGUGGUAGAGCGGCAGCCCUGUAUGCCAAUGCAUCCAGACCGUCCACUUGUUAUCAAAACUGGAGUACAAUUUACAACAAAAGUACGGUUACUGGUUAAGUUUCCUGAGCUGAAUUAUCAACUGAAAAUCAAAGUUUGCAUUGACAAGGAUUCUGGUGAAGUGGCUGCCCUCCGGGGAUCCCGGAAGUUUAAUAUCUUGGGAACAAAUACUAAGGUGAUGAACAUGGAGGAGUCCAACAAUGGAAGCCUUUCCGCAGAAUUCAAGCAUUUGACACUGAGAGAGCAGAGAUGUGGCAAUGGUGGAAGAGCCAAUUGUGAUGCUUCUCUCAUUGUCACAGAAGAACUCCAUCUUAUUACAUUUGAGACAGAAGUUUACCACCAAGGUUUGAAAAUUGACCUGGAGACCCAUUCACUUCCAGUAGUGGUGAUCUCCAACAUUUGCCAGAUGCCAAAUGCAUGGGCAUCAAUUUUGUGGUACAACAUGCUGACAAACAAUCCCAAGAAUGUGAACUUUUUCACAAAGCCACCCAUUGGCACAUGGGAUCAAGUUGCUGAGGUGCUCAGCUGGCAGUUCUCCUCAACCACCAAACGGGGACUCAGCAUAGAACAGUUGACGACUCUUGCUGAAAAGCUACUUGGACCUGGUGUCAAUUACUCCGGAUGCCAAAUAACAUGGGCCAAAUUCUGCAAGGAGAACAUGGCAGGAAAAGGUUUUUCAUUCUGGGUCUGGCUGGACAAUAUAAUUGACCUGGUGAAGAAAUACAUCUUGGCACUUUGGAAUGAAGGAUAUAUCAUGGGCUUCAUCAGCAAAGAGAGGGAAAGAGCCAUCCUGAGCACAAAGCCUCCAGGAACCUUUCUGUUGCGUUUCAGUGAAAGCAGUAAGGAAGGUGGAAUCACUUUUACAUGGGUGGAGAAGGAUAUUAGUGGAAAAACACAAAUUCAGUCAGUGGAGCCAUACACCAAGCAACAACUCAAUAACAUGUCAUUUGCUGAGAUUAUUAUGGGUUACAAGAUCAUGGAUGCCACCAACAUCCUCGUUUCCCCACUUGUUUAUUUGUAUCCUGAUAUUCCUAAGGAAGAGGCCUUUGGAAAAUACUGCCGUCCUGAGAGCCAGGAGCAUCCUGAAGCCACUGACCCAGGCGCUGCUCCGUAUCUGAAGACUAAGUUCAUCUGUGUAACCCCAACAACCUGCAGUAGCACUAUUGAACUACCCAUGUCUCCUCGCACACUUGAAUCCCUGAUCCACUUUGGCAGUAAUGGUGAAGGAGCUGAUGGAAAUGCCAGUGGGCAGUUUGAGUCCUUGCAGGUGUUCGACAUGGAGAUGACUGCUGAAUGUGCCAAUUCACCCAUGUGAUCACCUUUUGUAAACAGCUGACCAUUUUUGGCUUCCUGGCAUCAAACAUUUAUUCCCCUUACAGCAUCAUAAAGCUCAGACAUCUCAGCUCUGCCUCAACAGGAGACAUUUGAUUGAAGGUCCUCCUUUAAGUGCACCAUUGCUCGAGCUUCUUGCCUGAUCUCAAGACAGUUGGAGGGAAGAAAUUCUGUUUAACUUUAGCUGUUUUUUCCCCACUGCAAUAUUUUCCAUUUUGUAUACUGGUUAUUAAUGUAAGGAGUGAAGAUUUUGUUCCAUUGUUUAACUAGACCAAGUGUUCCUCCAUAACAGUGCUUUUUGGUCUUCUGCGCAUUUUUAUUGCAUGGCACAAAAAGCUAUUUCUGUAAUGCUACCUUCUUAAGUGUUCUAUCCAGAAAUAAAGCAGUUGAAAUUGACAGGCAGGAGUCUGUUCAAGUAACCCAGGGAGAGAAAAGGAUAUAGGAAAGAACACUUCUUAGAAAUGAGUAUGUUUUUUUUCUUUUCCAAAACAAUGAAUUUUCUGUUCCUUGCUUUUGAACCCUUUUGUGAUGAUCAAUAUACUUGAUCAUCAACAGUCCUACAAGGUAAGGGCUAGAAAAAUAUCCAAUAGUAUGGUUACUUGGGCAUCUUGAGCUUUGAUGCUCCUAUUAAAGACUAGAACAUUCCAACUACAUAGACUGCUAAUACUCAAGAUUGCAGCAUAAACCCCAGUGGAAACAGUAUUUGAACCCCAGUCAUUCAACUGAAAAGUCAGUUCUCCCUCCACUUCCUUUCACCCAAAACUUUUAAUCAUAGGAAAAAAAUUUACUGUCUAUAGAUUUAAGGCAUUGGAUUGAGAUAAUGGAACAAAGGUGAACUGAUAGUUCAGUAUUAGGUUCCAUCACAAAUUUGUUGUCAGCAUGUAGUUCGUUAUUUUUAUUAUUAUUUAUUGCGCUUUUAUUUACUUUGCCCUAAAAGGACCUAGGACAGCAUUCGUUCUUAAAAAGAAAGGAUGGGUUUUCCCUCGAGCAAAAUUAAGAGGUGAAUCCUGCUGUUGAAUAGUGACUGUCCCAUAAUCAUCCAACUUUGAGUAGAAUUUAAAUCUGGUCUACAGGACAGAUGUCGAGUGUUUUAGCCUCUGUGCCCUAUUUCAAAUACUAUAUUAGUAACCAACAACAGGUAUUUAAAGUAGUUAAAAGAAAUGGUUAUUGGUAUUUUUUCUCUCCUUCCAUAAGCUAUAUUGUUUAAAACUAUCCUUUUAAAAGGCAAUAUUUUAACAUUUGAACUGUUUAUUGCUCAUUCAUUUCUGUCAGCAUUAUUGGUCCUCUCCUUGUGGCCCCCUUCUCAUCUAGCUUUUUUUAAAAUUUAGCCCCUGCUGGAGCCAAUGUUACUUUGUUGCUGCUUGGCUAUUAUAGAUUCUCCAUUAUAGAAAUUGGAGGCUUCUAAUGCUGAAGACCCCACUCUAAUCUCACUGUGGUUCAGUGGAGUUGAAAAGUGGUGAUAUAAGAAGAUGAUGAAAGAAGUUUGUUUCCAGUCAUUCGAAUAACCACUUGAAAACUGAUGUUUUCCAGAUGUGCUGGACUUCAACUUUCUGGUUCAAGGUGGUAAAGUUCAACUGAUCUGGAAAGCAUUAAUUUAAGGAAGACUGAUUCAGAGGCAUUGAUUUGCAACAGUCAUACAGAAAAUUGAAUCAUUGAUUGCUUUGUGGUCUGCUGAAUAAGCUGCUAUGACUGUGAAAGCCAAAUCCAAACAUAAUUAGUGUAUUGUUUGAAUUCAGCCACUUGCUAGAUAAAGAGACAGAAGAUUUUCUAGUCCAAACUAUACUUUUUCCCCUGCAGCUGGUUAGGCAAGCUGCAGUGUGUUAUAACCACAGUCUGGAUAAAGACAGUUGUAAUCCUGCCUAGGCUUCUUCUCCACUUCGCAGCCACAGCAGUCUUUUAGGAAGAGAAUAAUGAUCUCCACUCAUGCUGAACUAGAUUUGUUCCAGUGCUAAGCUGCUGUCGUCUUUCCUAAUCAAGUUGUUUUUGCACCAUUUGUUUUGUUUUGUUUUUGCUGUAGCACUUGAAGAACAUAGCCAUUUUAAUUUCUUUGUAUAUUUUAUUGUUGGUUCUACAAGCUUCAGCUUUCUCAUAAAUAAAUUCUGCCACUUUA